AUGUUGUUUGCGAGGGCGACAGCGGACGAUGACAUCCGCUUCCAGGACCUGCCCGCCGAGUAUGAGGAGCAGCGCUUCCUGCCGGCGAGGCCGUACCCGGCGUGGGACCGGAACUGGGACUACUGCGAGCCGUCGGACCGCGAGGUGGCUCGCGCGCUCCGCCACGCCUGGCCCAUCGCCGACUAUGCCGACGCCGUGCGAUCGCUCUACGCCGAGCACACCAACAGGUCGAGCGAGCGCGUGGAGCGGCUGCUGGAGCGGACGCCCGAGGCGGAGCUGCCUGCGCUCUACCGGCGCGCGUACCUCGAGCACGCGUACGGAGGCGUGCCCGACCGCGACUUUGGCAUGCCGCUCGACGAGGCCUUCCCGCGCCUCGACGCCGAGCAGACCCUCACGCCGCUCGGCAGGCAGCAGGCCACCGCCACCGGCCGGCGGAUUGCGGAGAUGCUCCGCGGCGCGCUGCAGGAGGAGGGGCGCGAGGCGCACGUGCGGCUCCACGAGACCGCGGACCUCAUCGCCGCAGAGCUGCCCGCCGGGAGGGGCGCGCUGGCGGACGGUGCGCGCGAGGUGCACGUCGAGGGCGCGCGCAUGGAGGCCGCUUAUCGGGCCCUCCACGAGUACGACAUCGUCGUGUGCCACGGCAACGUGAUCCGCUACAUGGCGCUGCGCGCGCUGCAGCUGCCGCCCGAGGCGUGGCUGCGGCUCUGCACCUACAACUGCUCCCUCACGCACCUCAAGAUCCGCCCGACGGGUUCCGUCUCGAUGAUCUCCCUCGGCGACACGGGCCACCUCUCUCUCGACGAGACCAGCUUCAGCAUGCACGCAGGGUACGAGUGCUUUGGAGUGGUAUGGUAUAGUGGUAUGCGAAAGUGGUAUGCGGGGUUUUCAUUAGUUGUAGCGGCUGUCGGUGUGGUCCCGGGGGCGCGUGAAACCAUGCAAAAGUGCGCGGCCAAAUUUGUCGGUGGACCGCAAAUCGUGGAGUUGCGAGUCACGCUCGGGCAGACAGCAUCGAUGCCGUCGCCGGACGCGGCGGCGAGGCACACGGGCGCCGGCCCGUGGCGCGUCGGCAGGCUACCCGCAAAAUGCCCCGGCCUUGGCGGUUUGAUGAGCCAAAAACUCCCAUACCGGUAA